AAAUGGAGCAAGAGCCAGAAAAUGGAGAACGUGCCGAAAUUAAGAUCAUCAGGGAAGCAUACAAGAAAGCCUUUUUAUUUGUUAAUAAAGGACUGAAUACAGAUGAAUUAGGUCAGAAGGAAGAAGCAAAGAACUACUAUAAGCAAGGAAUAGGACACCUGCUCAGAGGAAUCAGCAUUUCAUCGACAGAGCCUGAACACACGGGCCCUGGGUGGGAAUCUGCUAGACAGAUGCAACAGAAAAUGAAAGAAACGCUACAGAAUGUACGUACCAGGUUGGAAAUUCUAGAGAAGGGUCUUGCCACUUCUCUACAGAAUGAUCUUCAGGAAGUGCCCAAGUUAUAUCCAGAAUUUCCGCCUAAGGACAUGUGCGAAAAGUCACCAGAGCCUCAGCCCUUUAGUUCACCACCUCAGCACGGUGAAGUAAAUGAAAACACUUCAACUGCAAGUGCAGAGUUGGUUGCCACACCUACUUCUCUGUCCUUGCCAUCUCAAAGUUGUCCAGCAGAAGCACCUCCUGCUUAUACUCCUCAGGCUGCCGAGGGUCACUACACUGUAUCCUAUGGAACAGAUUCUGGGGAGUUUUCUUCAGUUGGAGAGGACUUUUAUCGGAAUCAUUCUCAGCCACCUCCUCUUGAGACUUUAGGGCUAGAUGCAGAUGAGUUGAUUUUGAUACCAAAUGGAGUACAGAUUUUUUUUGUAAAUCCUGCAGGAGAGGUUAGUGCACCCUCGUAUCCUGGGUACCUUCGAAUUGUGAGGUUUUUGGAUAAUUCUCUUGAUACAGUUCUAAACCGUCCUCCUGGAUUUCUCCAGGUUUGUGACUGGUUAUAUCCUCUAGUUCCUGAUAGAUCUCCGGUUCUGAAAUGUACUGUGGGUGCCUACAUGUUUCCUGAUACAAUGUUACAAGCAGCAGGAUGCUUUGUGGGGGUUGUCUUGUCCUCUGAGUUACCAGAAGAUGAUAGAGAACUCUUUGAGGAUCUGUUAAGACAAAUGUCUGACCUUCGGCUCCAGACUGACUGGAACAGGGCAGAAGGAGAAAAUGAAUUCCAAAUCCCUGGAAGAACAAGACACUCCUCCGACCAAUUGAAGGAAGCCUCUGGCACUGACAUGAGACAGUUGGGUCCUUCAUUGGACCAAGGCAAGAAGGAUGUGCGUCGUAAAGGAAAACGUGGAAAAAAGACUAAAGGAACUUCAAGUGAAGAAGUUAACCUGAGUGACAUUGUACCUUGUGAGCCAGUUUCAGAAGAAAAAGCAAGAGAAUUACCUGAAUGGAGUGAGAAAGUGGCUCAGAACAUUUUGUCAGGUGCUUCCUGGGUGAGUUGGGGUUUAGUCAAAGGUGCUGAAUUUACUGGCAAAGCAAUCCAGAAAGGUGCUUCUAAACUCCGAGAACGGAUUCAACCAGAAGAAAAACCAGUGGAAGUUAGCCCAGCUGUCACCAGAGGGCUUCAUAUAGCGAAGCAGGCUACAGGAGGAGCAGCAAAAGUCAGUCAGUUCCUGGUUGAUGGAGUUUGCACUGUAGCGAAUUGUGUUGGAAAAGAACUAGCUCCACAUGUCAAGAAGCAUGGAAGCAAACUUGUUCCAGAAUCUCUUAAAAAAGACAAAGAUGGGAAGUCUCCCCUGGAUGGUGCUAUGGUCAUAGCAGCAAGUAGUGUUCAAGGGUUUUCUACUGUCUGGCAGGGAUUGGAAUGUGCUGCUAAAUGCAUUGUUAACAAUGUUUCAGCAGAAACUGUACAAACUGUCAGACACAAAUACGGGCAUAAUGCAGGAGAAGUUACACACGAUGCAGUGGAUUCUGCUGUUAAUGUUGGUGUAACUGCCUAUAAUAUUAACAACAUUGGUAUCAAAGCAAUGGUGAAGAAAACUGCAAAACAGACAGGACACACACUCCUUGAGGAAUAUCACAUAGUUGAUAAUUCUCAGGGGGAAAUUCAAGGAGCAGCAGCAAAUAGAAACAUGAGAGGAGAGAAGGACGAGCAUACAGAGGAAGUAAAGAAGAAUGAGGCAAAGAAGAAAGAUAAGUGAUGGAAAUGCUGGGAGUCACCUAUACCAAAGCCUUACAAGAUGGAUGAAAUUUUGUUAAAUAGGCAAAUGCAGAAUUCCCCACAGAUUAACCAGUAUUUUUAAAAUGUAUUUAUUCCUACAAUGUGACUGUCUCAUAUGUUUUAUGGCAUGUAUUCUUCCUAUAAGGAAAAUAAUCAGUAUUCUUGCAUCCAGCCUUUAGAAAUAUGCAGUUAUAGUCUUAGUAAAUUUUUUUUUUCUAAAGGUGGCGAAAAUAUUUUUGCAGUUAAAGCUAAUAAUACAUGUGCUAUAAACAUUAAUCCUAAUGUUAAACUAUUUUUAUAUCUAUCUUUCAGAAAGCAAAGUAGGAAAUUAUAUAGUUACAUAAAAUUUGACAUUUAGCAACCUUGUUCUAUUUAUAGUGGGAAGGAAUGACUUCAAAUAUUGUCUCCGUUUUUUGCACUAAUUGUAGAUUUUUUUUAAAUUGUCAGAAUUUUCAGCAUGUAAGCUAAACAAAAACUAUAAUUCUAAACUAAAAGAAUUCUCAGAUAACAUUUUAAAAGAUUUAAAACAGGGAAGAGACACAAGAAAAUGAGAUUCUGUAAAAUUAUUUGGUAGCUUACCAUUUGUUAGGAAAUAGAUCAGUCUUUUUGAUUAUAAAGUAAUACAAUUAGAUUUUUAAGUCUUUUAGAUUGAGACUGGUAUUGAUCUAUUAGGAGCCCAGGAAAUUUUGAGGUGUGAUUAGUUUUGUUUUAAAGCUUGAAGUGAUUAUUAUCAGCUUAAAACAAAAGGGUCCUUUAAGAAAUCGUUUACCGUAUCUGCUUUUUAAGUUUUUCCAAAGGCUAAAAAUGUAAAAACUGAGAUGUAAACAGAAUUGCAUUUACUGUUGGUAAAUAUAUUUUUAUUUGGGAUUCAGUCAUUGAAAUUUAUAUUAAAAAGCCAAUAAAUUAAGUUAUUAAAAAGGGAAAGGUUCUAUUCAUAAUCAAGGUAAAGAAUAUGAAAACCUUACUCUUAAUUGUGGGUGGGCAUAAUAGUUUCCACUUUGGCAGAAGACAGGAUAUUCACAGACCUGUAAGCUACAAGUAUAUAAGUAAAUAUCUAAUGGCAUUUUAUUUUUGUUUACUGAUUUUAAAAGAUUGGUAUUGGUUUUUUAGCUAGAGUCCAUUCUAAUAAUUUCUGAGCUUCUAGUGGCUAUUUAGUUCAUUAGACUUUAUUUGAAACUGUAAGGAAUGUACUUUGUGAAUAAAAAUCUCCCUGAAUUGCUUGGCCUGAAAUAUAUUCAUGGGCUUGUAUUUCAGAAACACCUAAAAUUCGUAGAGCUUUUUUCUAAGACCAAGGAUAAUGUACUAGUUAAAAUGGAAAUAAAAUUCAGUUGGUAACUA